UUGCAUGGCGAUUUUAUAGUACCAAAAUUAACGGUACACGGCAAUUUAGUUGGCAAUUUCGAGAAUACUUUCCAAUUCGCGACACUCAACGAGCAGUUGCAACAGCUAACACAACGACGCUGGCGAAAUUUAGUGGUGCACGGCAAUGCUUACUGGAAUGAUACAGCGAUACGCAGCAGCAGCAUCAGUACGAAACAAUACGAACAAUUGCAAUAUUUGUACCGACACGCGGUGCGACGCAGUGGUGAUCAGGCGAUUUCUGGCACCGUAUACAUGACACAACCGCUAAUUAGUAGAAUGCGCACGCGCACCACAUUCCCCAAUGGUGUGGACCUUGCGCACAUAGCGCGUGAUUGCCUAUUGAAGAACACAACAGCGCCGCAGACGAUAGUAGGCGCGAAAUUGUUUCACAAACCCUUACGACUGCAGCGCGCUUUGGUUGAGGGUCCGCUGGCGAUUACUACACUUAACGCGGUAGAUGUGCAACUCUUCCAUGCGUCUCUCUACCGGCGCUCGAGCGGCGUGCCUAUUGGCGGACCUUUAUACUUCAAGGUAGCACCCAUUAUUGGACAACUGAUUGUGCAAGGUCAAGUGAAUGGCAUGCCAACGUCACAGGUUUAUACGCCAGCAAGGGGUGCGUUGCCACCCGUAAGGGUGCAUAAUUUGGUGAUCGAUGACGCGCUGCAGAUCGGCGAUAUUAAUGGGCAGAGCUUUGAUUAUUUGCUGAAAAAUAGAAUCAAGCUAAAUGGUGAGCCACAAGAAGUGCAAGGCUACCUGAUAUUCGAACACCUGGUGACCAACAACGAAACGCUACUGCAGUCCAUCAAUGGCGUGCCGAUCGAUGAUUUGAUAUACAAGAAAAGCGAUCAACUGCAAGUGAUCGCCGGUCAAAAGUUGAUUGAUGGUAAUCUAAUCUUCAAUGGGCCCUCGCAUGUGACGCGUUUGAAUGGGCAACGGCUGGUGGACGCAUAUCAGCAAAGUAUUUUCACUACGGCGAACUAUCAUUUCGAUAAUCUUACCAUAGAUCAAGGUAUAUUUGUGAAGGGCUUAGUGCUUGUUGCCGAUAUGCCGCUGCACGCUAGAGGGCGCACGUUAUCUAAUAGUACUGCAGACCGCACCGAAGACGAGGAGCCGGCGCUAGAUGAAGCGAACUUACUUGAGGAGCAUACCAAUCAGCUGGCAGGCGACGACGCUUUCCGCGAACAGCUAACAAUUGCCGUUAAUCAGCUGAGCAAUCUACUGAGCGCGCGGAAUGCCACCAGUUUGCUGGCUGAUGAGCAAAACGCACAUUUGCUAUACCUCGACUUUGACUUCGAUACACAGGUACUGCGGCAGUAUGCUAACGAAAGUGUAGAUGAGACCUUCCUCUACGAACAGCGGCAUGUAACGCCCUGCGAGCAUCGGUUUCUACAAGUGCAAUCUGCGCUACACAACCGUCGUCUCUUCAUAACAAAUGUUACCACGAGUUUUUUGUACGCCAACGCUGGCGCGAUAUCGGCGAAGGCACAAAACUAUUGCGGCGAUCGUUUUAAGAAAAUAAAGAGUAAAAUUACCGUUAACGGCUUGAAAGUAGCAAAAGUAUUUGGCAUGCGAAAAUAUAUUGAGAGCAUUGAAUUAUUUGUGGAUGCUAAGAAUCAUACCUACCUGCUGUUGCAUGCCAUCGAUGAGGCGCGCAAUCGCAAUGAAGUGCGCGUGCUUCGUAUUGACGAUGCGCUCGACGAAGUUAAAGAUUGGCAAACCAUACCUUUUGGCAUAGGCAAGUCAGUGCAACUCUACCAGCUGGAUAACUUAACCGUGUUGGCUAGCGCUGCUUUGGUAGGCAAUCAACAAGCUGUCAGCAUUUACCAUUUCAUGCCACAGACGGCGCACUUUAAACUCGCGCAAGUCAUCGAUGGUCCCUAUGAUGUUAUGGCGCUGGUAGCUGUAGAACCGCAUCACUAUCAAUUGUUGCUGAGUUGCCAUAAGUGUCAGCAUGUGAAUGUUUAUGAUUUGAGUAGCGCGCCCGCGGAUCCGUAUAAACUUUUCCAGCUCAUUAAGUUGCCAAUACGCGUUGAUAAGUUGCACCCGUUUGCGAUGAGCGAUGGCGAACAAUUUCUGUUGAUUUUGGGCGAGCAGCAACAGGAUUUUUACCAUUUGUACAAAUAUGCCUCCAUACAGGGUUGGUUGCACAGUUCCGUCGGCUAUUUCCGCAAUAUACAAUUGGCUGUGCCGUUGAGUGGGAUGUUGGCGAAAUGGAAAGAUGCAGUGUGGUGCGCGCUAUUACGCAGAUAUGAAUGUGAAUUAAUCAAGUAA